ACGAAAGGCACGUUAUGCAAACAUUUGAUUUCUGCAAUUAAAUUGAAAUAUUCCAUCAGUUGUAGAAAUGUAAUUAAUUUUGAAAUGUUUCUUACAUUUUCUCAGCUCCUGAUAGUUUUGAUUAAUUCCAUAGUUUUUACCCAAUUUUGUGUUAAAGCCGUCUCCAAUCCUGAUGAUAAGUAUUCAUUUGUAGCACUUUUAGAUAUCGUUUUAACGGACGGCGUCAAGAGGACAUGCACUGGGACCAUUAUUCACGACACCGUCGUUAUCACAGCCGCACACUGCUUUACCCAAGAACCCGAUGAUGAGAUCCAAGUUGAGCUGACAGCUUGCUUUGUCGUUAUUGGUACAAAGAAGAUGUUUGAUACUGGCUACGAACAAUACUUUCCUAUUGAGCGGGUUGUGAUUCACCCUAAGUACAGUGGUUGGACUGCUGAUUUGGCUUUAGUAUUCACCUUUGCGAGUAUGGUGUCUGAUAAGCCCGGAAGAAUCGUUCCAUUAAUCAGCGAUCAUAUGAAGACGGUUGUGGACGCAAAUGUGACGGUGCUCAGCUGGGGACAAUGUAAACAUGAAGAUCAGAAUAAGCACCAAGCAACGAUACAGAAAUUUGAAGAGGCAGGAAGCAGUAGCACGUCGCAUGAAGCUAUAGAACAACCUACAACUAAAUGUAAAAAGAAGAAAAAAAUUAAGGAUAAAACAAAAGGAAAACGAAAACAUAAUUCCUACGAAUUAAUAAGGGAUGUCAAGAAGCUAACUUCAGAUUCUUACGAAGACUAUGAGUUAUCGAACAUGGCUACAAAAGGCAAGUUACCCGAGACCCAAAGUGUAAUGUCAAAAUUGGAUAUUCGUAAACAUAGAAGUGCGUAUCUCCAAACAACAGGCAAUGUAAUGUCGUAUUACAAAAAUAAUUGGCGUAGGAAAAUGGGAACGCAGCAAAAUAAAUUAACAAUUGAAGUCUUCGGCUUCGUUAACGUUGCCAGUUGCAAAAAAAUUAUAGAAAAGGGAAAACCGGCUGUGUAUCGGAUACAGAAUACAAAUGAAAUAAUAUGUUACACAAGUGAAGAUCGCUACGUAAGCGCUGAAGACUCGGGCGCACCGGCCAUGAGACAUGGUCAUCUAGUGGGAGUGACAGUAGGAGGCGCACUGUUCGACGGUGACCACGUCGCUGUGGCGAUGAAGAUCAGCUGUUUCUGUUCAUGGAUUGCUGAAAACUUACCUGAUGGAGGUCCAAGUAUGCAAUGCUGCACAAACUGCUGCGAUAUUCAAGCACACUCGAUGGAGUAUAGCGGAGAAGCAUUCCAUCAAACACGAAAGAAGAAAAAGAAGGUUUAAAAAUAAUUGAAUUACUGUCAGUAGUGUGACCAUCUUUGUAUGUUAUAGAUAUUCUUAAUUAAAUGGCGCUGUAAAGGA